AUGUACCCGCACAGCCCUACCGGCGAGUACCGACUAUUGCUCUGCCCAGAGGAUGAUCAAAGUGGCUCCUACGUCUUCACAUUAGGCUCUGGCCAGCCGCCGAGGCACGUAGACUGCCCAAGUGACAAGGAACUGAUGAACUCCCCUGGAUCUAUCCUUAUCAGAGGUAGCUUGCAUUGGCACGCAGACAACCUGAUAAUGGUAUUUGACACCACUGCUGAGUUGUUCCGGCAGAUGCGCUCUCCGAUUGUUCCGCCAAAUGACCAUGCUGACCUGUUUGAGAUGGAUGACAUGCUUGGCGUGCUCAGUCUUAAUGACGAAGAGACCAUUGUUGAUAUAUGGGUGAUGCAGGACUAUGAAGGUCAAGUCUGGGCCUCCAAACGCCGGGUUGAAUUGCCGAUUGCAGAGCUCAUGGUGCAACUAGAAAACUUUGGCGAUUGUUGGAAUGUGGAGGCUACAUAUUGGGAUGGUGAUGCGUUCGUGCUGGCCAAAUUUGACAAUGACUCGCUACUUCAGAUUGACAUGGAUGGCAAGUUGGUUGCUAGUCUCCAUCGCAGAUUCCUCUGGCAUACUGGACUUCGGCUCAAGCAAUCUCUAGUUUCACAUACCUUCUUUCCGGCACUAGAGGGUUAUGUUGUCAAUGCUUCGCCUUUUCAUCUCACCUGA